AUGGACUACUCCGUGGUCUCGUCUGAGGCUGAUGCCCUGCACGGGGCUUCUCCUUGGGGGUCAUCGUCUCCUCGCGCCGACAGAGGGUUUCCCAAUGCCACGUCGUCUCCCGAGUCGCCCGCUCCCAUCCAAGGUCAUUCGUAUGGCCACUCCCAAGAUAGCAUUCCAGAGUCCCCAUACCUCUCGCAGCCAGCGACGGCUACUUCUCCAGACGCGGCCGACAGUGUUGAUGGACAACAAGCCCCAGACUCACCCAGCCGAACGCUAUCUUCGUCACAAGAUCCUCAGGCAGCAUCAGGGCAGCAGCAGUCACCCCAAGGCCAACCCCGCCAACAGGCAGCGAGAUAUCAUGGAAAGCCGCAAAAGCCAGCACCUCAGUACAGACUACAAGCGAAGGUGACAGCUUUAGAAAGGACCGGGCGCAAAGAUCCAGUGAUUAGAUUCGAUGUCUAUACCAAUCUACCCAAGUUCCGAACGACACAAUUCCGCGAUGUCCGUCGAACACACUCCGAAUUCGUAAAACUAGCCGACCAUCUAAUCUCUGCGAAUCCUGAAGCACUCGUACCUGCCGUCCCUCCGAGCAUCACAUCUGCCGGCGCCGGAACCGAUGAGGAUGAAAUUCGGGUCAAGAACUCGAUACAAAGAUGGUUGAACGUUGUGUGUGGUAAUGAUGUUCUUAUGCGCGAUGAAGAGAUGGUGUUCUUCGUGGAAAGCGAUUUCGGCUACUCUCCUGUUGUCAGAAUGAAGCAACCUGCCACCGGUGUGCGCAGAAAGGUCUUGAAGCAAUUCGCUCCUCCGCCAGAUGACACUCCAGAAUUACACGAAGCUCGACCAGUGGCCAAGAUGUUCUACCUCAGUUCGCUGGAUACCAGCCAGAAGCUCGAAAAGGUGGUAAAGUCCAGAAGAUCGCUUGGGCUUGCUGAGUCUUCUCUCGGCGAAAAAUUGACUCAAAUGCACGUUCAGGAGACACACCCCGGCUUGUCCACUGCGUACCGCAAACUGGGCCGCGUCAUUCAAACGUGCGGCGACUACCACGCGGCGCAAGGCACCGCCGAAGCCACUACUCUAGGUGACUCGCUGGCCUACCACUCUUCUGACGCUUUCAUCGUCAAAGAGACACUGACGAACCGCCACAUCCUCCUACGUGAGCUCGUCCAGGCCGAAGCAUCUCGUCGCAGCAAAGAGACUGCCGUCCAGCGCCUGAAAUCCAGUUCCUCCGUGCGUCGGGAGAAAGUUGAUGAGGCAAUCUCCUCGCUCGACGAAGCCCUGAGCCAAGAAAACUAUCUCCGUUCCAAGACGCAGCGCGUCACGGCGAACCUCCUACUCGAGAAGCGACGUUGGUUCGAGCGUACAAGCAAUGAAUUCAUGUUUUCCCUGCGCGAGUACGUCCUUCGCCAGAUCGAGGCGGAGCGCCGGACCCUCGCGACCCUCGAGUCUGUCAGACCUGACGUCCGCGCGAUCGACUCCUCGGGCGGUCUGAGCAGGCUGGGACGCGAGAACCACCCGGUCGUGCGGAGGGUGAGCAUGGCAAGCAGCCAGGGUGCGAAGGGCGAUGCGUGGAGCGGCGUGGCGCGAAGCCGGGACGCCCUCACGCGGAGUAUGAGUGGCAGCAUCGGACCCGCGGGGAUUCCGGAGGCGGACGAGGAUGCCGCUGCGCGUAACGGUGCCGACGGUGCGUCCAACGCCGGGGGCGCCGGUCGACCUAGAAGCGCAACGGGCGCGAGUGUCAAGGACGACGAGGAUGAUGAUCGUGUUGACGCGAGGAACGCCGCCAGUCGAUUGGCGCAGAGUACUUUUUAA